CGAGUGAUCACGGAGAAAUCACGUGUCCGGCAUGAAGUUGAGUAGUGCCAAGGCGGGGGCGCUUUUGAUAUGGAUCAACGGCGUAUGUCCAGAGGAGCCUGUGGGGCAGUUUAACCUGAUCAAGGAUGGGCAUCAACUCCUGAGGAUUAGCUGCAAACUACAGGGGAAAGAGCCUGAUGAGGAAUUGAAGACUUUAUCCCUCUAUAACAAAGUGGAAAUCAUCUUCAACAUAUUGCAAAAUGACUUUCACCUCAACACAACACAGAGCUCCCUCAUCUUACAGAAAAUCGAGCAAAAAGUAGAUCUGGAGCUUCAGCUUGCCAAGGUGGCACUUCUGCUUUGUUACUGCAGUUUUAAAAAGGACAACCUUCAACCUUUGAGCUCAAAUGCACAGUCUGUGAUUGUGUCCAUGUUUAAUUUAGUAAAAGAUGAUGCAGAUGGCCUAUCAUUAGACAUAGGCCUAGAUCAGUUUCUAACCCAAAACUCUGUCAUGAACUCCUCCACAUCCAGCACUGAGAGCAGUGGCUGCUCGUCAUUCUGUACUGAUGAGGAGUCUCCGAUUUUUGGCCGGUUCCAUCGUCCUCCUAGAGUUCAAUUUCAAGAGCUUUGCACAGUGGCCUCCAGCUCAGACGGCUCUCCAUUACAAGACCUGAUGAGCACACCACAUUUUCAGUUAAAAAGGCUCCGGAAGGAAUUGGCACACGGCGACGUGAGAGAUGAGCUAGAAAAAGAACUAGCAAAUCAGAUCAGCAUCAUCUCAGAGAAAGAGGGCCUGAUUUCCCAGUUGCAGCACAGGGUGGACCGUCUGCUGAGGGAACAGGGAGAAUUAGAGAAAGAUCACAAAGCUGCACUUAUUGAGCUCCAGGAGAAGAAUGAGAGUCUCCUCCAAAGAGUACAUGAGGUUCUUAAGCAAUGCCAAGACUUAAAAACCGACAACUCGCAGAAAGAGAAAAAGAUUGAUGAACUUGCUGAGGAAAAUGGAACUCUUGCUGCCCAAGUGCGAAACACAUUUUGCCAACUAGCAAGAGCUGAAGAAGAGGUUGCUAAGCUGACACUGACACACGAAAAGUCACAGGCUGAGUGGAUGAAAAGAAGAGAGUUUAUUGAGAGAGAAUUAAACGAAGCCGUCACACACAGGGUCUACCUAAAUGAGCAAGUUCAGAUCUUGCAGGGCAAGAUCUCCGUUCUUGAAGAUGAACUUGAAAAAGCUCAGUCUCAAGAGAGAGGAGAAGUUAUGGGCCCCAUCAUGGAGUGGGAAAAACUUAAACAGGAAUUGUUAGAGCUGUCUCUUAAACUUGGUCAACUUCAGGACACUAUUUCCUGCCUUGAAAAGGAGAAGGCAGAGGUUGAAGCCUUGCUAGCCCAGGAAAGAUGCUCAUUUGAAGAGGAAACCAAAAGACUUCAGACAGUGGUGUUUGAUCUGGAGAAAUCUGUCAGCAGUAUCCGCAUGGAGAGAGAGGCUCUGCAGGAGGCCUUAACGGCUCAGAAGGAAAUGCUCACUUCACAGAUAUCAGCUCUGGAGAGUGAUGUUUCUCGGCUACAACAGGUGGAAGUCCAGUUGACAGCAGAGAUUAAUAUCUCUGCAGAACUUCGCCAGCAGAGGGGGGAGCUGGAGGGAAAGGUAGCCUCUUUAGACAAUAUUGUUAAUGCUCUACAUGCUGAGAUCCAAGGUUUCGAAAUAGAGAGAGAAACACAGCAGGUUGCCCUAAAUUCCCUCAUGGUUGACUUGCAGAAUGCCCAGACAACCCUUCAGGACUAUGAAAAUAAGUUGGAAGAGCAUCAGAAAGUGGUAGAAGAGAAUGCUUCCCUGACAAAUGAGGCAUGUACAUUGCGACAGGAAAUUGAUGAGCAUCUGCAGACCAUUAGAGACCUUCAGGGGCAAAUAAGUAUCCUUAGACAGGAGAAAAAAGAGGAAGAAAACAAAGUUAGUCAGGCAUUGACCAAAAUUGAAAGCGUUGAAACUAAAAUUUUGGAACUGUCAGAACAAAUAUCCCUAAAGGAUGAGGAAAUCACAAAUCUGAGGAAUGAGUUUGUCUCUCUAGACACUGAGCUGAAGCUUGUGAAGGAGCAAAAUAUUGAAAUAAAUGAAAGGAUCAAAUCCAAUUGCAUGGAGCACGAGGACACUAUUGAGAAACUUCAGCAAGAGCUUCUCUCUGCUUCUUCGACUGCAUCCGAAAAACAGGAGGAAAUUUUGGUUCUCUCAGCUGAGGUAACAUCUCUUAAAGAGCAAAUCUGCCAUUACAUUAAAAAUGAAAAGCAGGAACAACAGAUGUUAUCUGUUUUAGAGACAGAACACAAUGUGCUGAAGGAAAACUUGACUUCUCUUCUUAACCAGUUGACUGAGGCGACAAAUACAACUUCACAGAAGGAAUCGGAGCUCAUUUCACUUCAGCAGGAGCUUUGCCUUCAAGAAACCCUAAGAGAAAAGUCUAAAGAGUUUGAGACAGCCAGGUGUGAGGAGUUUGAGAGAAAGGUGAGUGAACUUCAGGCCAAAAUCCUAGAAGUUUCCACUCUUGCCUCUGAGAGGGAAGCUUGUGUGACUUCUCUUCGAUGUGAGAUAAAGGAUCAGCAAUUGAGGUCCAAACAGUCUGAAGAUGAUCUCCGCAGGGAGCUGGAGAAGAAGGUUGCAGUCCUGCAGGGACAACUAGAGACUGUCAGUCAAGACGUCACAGACAAAGACUAUCUCUUACAGUCUUUGGAUCAGAAGCUCGGGCAGAUGGAACUGCUAUGCCAACAAAAGGAUAAAGAUAUCUGUGAGACACUUCAGACAAAGGAGAACUUAGAGACAAAGAUUGUUGAGCUUCUUGUUGAGAAACAACAUCUGGAUGAAAGCCAGCAGAAUUUAGCGAUGGAAAGAGAACACCUGUCAGCUGAAGUGUCAUCUCUUAAAGAAGAAAUCUCCCGCUCCCUUGAAAAUGAUCAACAGAAAAAACAGGACUUUUCCUUGUUAAAAGAUGAACACAACGCAUUGAAAGAAAACUUGGCAUCUCUUCAGAACCAGUUGGUGGAGUUCACAACUAAAGCUUUGCAGAAAGAAUCUGAGCUCCUCUUGGUUCAGCAGGAGCUUUGCCAAAAAGAGACACUAAGAGAAAAGGCUCAGGAGCUUGAGACUGUCAUGCGGGAAGAGUUUGAGAGAAAGGUGAGUGAACUUCAGGCCAAAAUCCUAGAAGUUUCCACUCUUGCCUCUGAGAGGGAAGCUUGUGUGACUUCUCUUCGAUGUGAGAUAAAGGAUCAGCAAUUGAGGUCCAAACAGUCUGAAGAUGAUCUCCGCAGGGAGCUGGAGAAGAAGGUUGCAGUCCUGCAGGGACAACUAGAGACUGUCAGUCAAGACGUCACAGACAAAGACCAUCUCUUACAGUCUUUGGAUCAGAAGCUCGGGCAGAUGGAACUGCUAUGCCAACAAAAGGAUAAAGAUAUCUGUGAGACAAUUCAGAAAAAGGAGAACUUGGAGACAAAGAUUGUUGAGCUUCUUGUUGAGAAACAACAUCUGGAUGAAAGCCAGCAGAAUUUAGCGAUGGAAAGAGAACACCUGUCAGCUGAAGUGUCAUCUCUUAAAGAAGAAAUCUCCCGCUCCCUUGAAAAUGAUCAACAGAAAAAACAGGACUUUUCCUUGUUAAAAGAUGAACACAACGCACUGAAGGAAAACUUGGCAUCUCUUCAGAACCAGUUGGUGGAGUUCACAACUAAAGCUUUGCAGAAAGAAUCUGAGCUCCUCUUGGUUCAGCAGGAGCUUUGCCAAAAAGAGACACUAAGAGAAAAGGCUCAGGAGCUUGAGACUGUCAUGCGGGAAGAGUUUGAGAGAAAGGUGAGUGAACUUCAGGCCAAAAUCCUAGAAGUUUCCACUCUUGCCUCUGAGAGGGAAGCUUGUGUGACUUCUCUUCGAUGUGAGAUAAAGGAUCAGCAAUUGAGGUCCAAACAGUCUGAAGAUGAUCUCCGCAGGGAGCUGGAGAAGAAGGUUGCAGUCCUGCAGGGACAACUAGAGACUGUCAGUCAAGACGUCACAGAAAAAGACCAUCUCUUACAGUCUUUGGAUCAGAAGCUCGGGCAGAUGGAACUGCUAUGCCAACAAAAGGAUAAAGAUGUCAGUGAGACACUUCAGACAAAGGAGAACUUGGAGACAAAGAUUGUUGAGCUUCUUGUUGAGAAACAACGUCUGGAUGAUAGCCAGUUGAGUUUGGAGAAAGAAAGAGAACACCUGUCAGCUGAAGUGUCAUCUCUUAAAGAAGAAAUCUGCCGCUCCCUUGAAAAUGAUCAACAGAAAAAACAGGACUUUUCCUUGUUAAAAGAUGAACACAACGCACUGAAGGAAAACUUGGCAUCUCUUCAGAACCAGUUGGUGGAGUUCACAACUAAAGCUUUGCAGAAAGAAUCUGAGCUCCUCUUGGUUCAGCAGGAGCUUUGCCAAAAAGAGACACUAAGAGAAAAGGCUCAGGAGCUUGAGACUGUCAUGCGGGAAGAGUUUGAGAGAAAGGUGAGUGAACUUCAGGCCAAAAUCCUAGAAGUUUCCACUCUUGCCUCUGAGAGGGAAGCUUGUGUGACUUCUCUUCGAUGUGAGAUAAAGGAUCAGCAAUUGAGGUCCAAACAGUCUGAAGAUGAUCUCCGCAGGGAGCUGGAGAAGAAGGUUGCAGUCCAGCAGGGACAACUAGAGACUGUCAGUCAAGACGUCACAGACAAAGACCAUCUCAUACAGUCUUUGGAUCAGAAGCUCAGGCAGAUGGAACUGCUAUGCCAACAAAAGGAUAAAGAAAUCUGUGAGACACUACAGACAAAGGAGAACCUGGAGACAAAGAUUGUUGAUCUUCUUGUUGAGAAACAACAUCUGGAUGAAAGCCAGCAGAAUUUGGCGAUGGAAAGAGAACACCUGUCAGCUGAAGUAUCAUCUCUUAAAGAGCAGAUCAGCUGUUCCCUUCUGAAUGAACAACAGAAACAACAGGAAGUGUCUGUGUUAAAGGAUGAACUAAAUACAUUCAAGGAAAACUUGGCUGCUCUUCAGAGCCAACUGGAGGAGGUGACAGCUACAGCUUUUCAGAAGGAAUCUAAGUUCCUCUUGCUUCAGCAGGAGCUUUGCCAACAAGAGAACCUAAGAGAAAAGGCUCAGGAGACUGAGACUGUCAUGCGGGAAGAGUUUGAGAGAAAGUUCAGUGAACUUCAAGCCAAAAUCCUAGAGGAUUCCACUCUUGCCUCUGUGAAGGAAGCUCAAAUAAGUUCUCUUCGAGAUGACUUGAAGGAUCAGCAAUUUAAGUUGAAACAAUCUGAAGUUGAUCUUUGCAGAGAGCUGGCGGAGAAGGAUGGAGCCCUACAGGGACAACUAGAAAAUGCCAGUUGUGACACUGCAGACAAAGACAGUUUCUUGCAGUCUUUAGAACAGAAGCUUAGGCAGAUGGAACUGCUUUGCCAAGAAAAGGAGAAAGAUGUCCUUAAGACAAAUCAGGCAAAUGAAGACCUGGAGAAGAGGAUUGUCGAGCUACUUGUUAAGACACAACAUCUAGAGGAAUACCAGCAGAACUUGGAGAUAUUGAUUAAGGAAAGGGACAAUCUGUCAACUGAGGUAACCUCUCUCAAAGAGGAAAUAUGUUACUACCAGGAAAAUCAGGUGCAGAAACAACAGGAAAUGUCUGUUUUAGAGGUUAAACACAACAUAUUAAAGGAAAACCUGGCUGCCCUUAACAGCCAAUUGGAGAAGGUUACAUCUACUACUUCAAAGAAGGAAUCAGAGCUUAUUUUGCUUCAAAAUGAGCAUUGCCAACAUGAGAAUCUUGGAGAAAAGGCUCAGGAAGUUGAGAAAAACGUGAGUGAACUUCAGGCUAAAAUCCUAGAGUUCUCCACUCUUGCCUCUGAGAGGGAAGCUCAAAUAAGUUAUCUUCAAAAUGAGAUGAAGGAUCAACAAUUAAGGUCCAAACAGUCUGAAGAUGAUCUCCACAGGGAGCUGGAGAAGAAGGUUGCAAUCCUUCAGAGUCAACUCGAGACUGUCAAUCAAGAUGUCACAGACAAAGACCAUCUCUUACAGUCUUUGGAUCAGAAGCUCAGGCAGAUGGAACUGCUGUGCCAACAGAAGGAGAAUGAUAUAAUUGAGACACAUCAGGCAAAGGAGGACAUGAUGAAAACAAUUGUUGAGCUUCAAGCUGACAAACAUAAGCUGGAUGGGUACCAGCAUAAUAUGGAGAUAUUGAGGAAGGAAAGAGACCACCUAUGUUCUCUUAGCCAGUCUUUGCAAAGGGAGUGCGAUGCAUCCCAGAGGAUUAGAGCUGAGCUGGAGUUGAAGGUAGAGGGUCAAAGUGGCUCCAUCCUUUCUCUUGAAAACACUGCUCGACAGUGGGAGGAGCAAAAUAAGGAACUCCUGGAACAACUAAAGAGGAAGUCAGAAGCAGUAGAACACUACAAAACACAGGUGGAGAAUGCAAGGAGUCAUUACAUUGGGAAAAAGCAGUUGCUGUUGGAGGCCCAGGAAAUUAACAAAACUCUUGAGCAGUCCCAGGAGUCCGUCAAGAGGGAAGUCAAAGCUCUGGAGAUGGAGCUGACAUUGGCUCGCAUGGAAUUAGACCAGGCAAAGACUAAAGAGAAAAACCUUGUGGCCAAAGUGAAAAGAUUGGAGGCUCAAGUGGACUUUGCUGACAGGCAACUGCAAGAGCACAAGAGAAUGACUGAUGACAUUGGGGAGGUGAGAGAUAGAGUUACUAUGUGUGCCAGAGUCCCAGAGACAUGGCAUGACACCAGCACCGACAGCUUGGAGUUUGACCUGAACGAUUCGCUCAAUGCUGGCAGUCAUUCAGCAGUGCCAGGUGAGUCUAGUACUCCACUGGUCCGUAGCUCUGAGCGUUUGGCUGCUAAACGUCGAGCCUUGGGUGCAGAAUCCCUUGAGACUCUCUACUUCACACCUAUGAGUCAACAAGGCAAAAAACGGAAAGGUGACCGAAACGAUGCUAUUGAACGAAGACUGGAGACUAGCAUCACUUCUUUUGGAGAUCUCGCGGUGGAUUCUGCAAAGAAGCUCACAGCCUCUGCCCGCAGGCGACGCACAACACAGGUUGUCAACAUGGCUAAGCAGUCUUCAGGAAAUGUUGAUGGGGAGGUGUCGUUUUCUAGUCUACACUCUGCCCGAUCUCAGCCGAACCUGGGAAAUCACCACUCACGGCCUGUGACCAUGGACCUCUCUGAGGAAAGUGGCAGAGCAGUGUUAUCAAAAGCAGACAAACUUGAUAGUCUGCCUGGAUAUCGCAGAAGUUCUGUGCACAAUGUUGUGCCACCAAGAGCCACCAGUGCCUUCUGCAUUGGUGCAGAGAAUGAACCAGAGCAUGCUCCUGAUGACUGGAUCCGCAUUGCUGAACUACAGACACGUAACAAAGCCUGUCUGCCUCACCUGAAGAGCAGCUACCCACUUGAGUCCCGGCCCAGUCUGGGACUUCCCUCGUUCACAGUAACCGACGAUGACCUGCGGAUGGGUGACCCGGAUGAGACUAUUCGCCGCGCAUCCAUGAUUCCGAGUCAGCUCAGGGAAUCUUUGAACUCCAGACGCUUCUCUCUGGCGCCAGGAGCAAGUUCAAGCCAGGUCCUUGCACAGUCUCAGCCCCAGCGCUCCACCAUGUUACCGGGUCAGAUCCGAUCCAGCACCGCUGCUUACCGGGCCUCUCAGGUCACAAAAACAACCUCGAAAUUGCAUUCAUCAGAAAAACGUAGCCCACUAGCCCCUAAACGCCCUGUAUCCCAGCUGCAAGACCCCGACACACCUGAGGCGAAAAAGUUGGCAAGCUGCUUCCCUCGGCCAAUGACACCCAAAGGCAGACACACCAACAGUCAAAACAAACCACCAAAAACUCCGGCUGACCGAAGGCAAUCUAUCAUGUUUUCUGUUUUAAAUACACCAAAGACCAGCACUCGUGGUGACAGCAGACUGCAGCGAGGCCUCAACAAGCUGCGCAACAGCGCCCGCAAAUCUCCUGCCAUGGCCAGCCGCGCUCUUCGCUCUGCCUUGAGCGCAGCUGAUGGAAGGUCACCUCUGGACUCAACACGAAGAAAGUCGCCCCGCAACAAGUCUCCCAAAUCCUCCAAUGCCAAAAAGAUGAAGUUCAGGAUUAAGGUCUGAACUGAGGAUUUCACCCGAAAACCUGCCUUUUUCUUUUUCUGUUUUAAAACCAACCAUUGCUCUUUACUUUUUGAUUUGAUUCUAUUUAAUCUAAAUGGUGUUUUAUUUUUAAUUAUGGGAUGUAGGGGGCUUAAUGACUGUUUGUUUCAUUUAUUUGUUUGUACAUAUACUGUAUAUUAUAUCUACAUGUAUUCUUUGUUUAAUCAAAAUAAAGAUUUUUA